GUUUGUUUCAUUCCCUCUCCCCAGUCCCUCCUCGGAAGUGGACACUUGCUGUCUACAUUCCCUUUAUUUAUUUUUAUAUUUUGCAACAAAAUCCCCAAAUGGAAGCCAAGAUGGACGACUGAGCCUCAAAUCGCCCCCCCUAUUUCACCAUUUAUUUAUCAAUGAACUGAGAGGACCGGAUGAAAUCCAACUGGGGUUUUCUCCGCUUCGCAGGGGAGGUAGCUGUAUCCAGUGGGGAGGAAGGCUUGACCGGGGUGGGAAAGAAUGAAGAUCACCGAACCCUGGGGAGUCCACAGGCUGGCUUUUCUUCUAGAAAAAGCCAUGUCGAGGGAAGCCAAGAUGUGGAAGGGCUAUGUGGCAAAGAAGCCCUCAUCACAGGAUACAGAUAUCUCCCCAACUCAGCGGGAUGAAGCGGUGUGCUGGCUUUUGGAGCUCCACAGCAGGCUGCAGCUGUACCCAGAAACCCUGGUGUUAGCUGUUAGCAUACUGGAUCGUUUCCUUGCUUCCAUCAAGGCCCGUCCAAAGUAUCUGCGCUGCAUCGCCAUCGCCUCCUUUUUCCUGGCUAUCAAGACCUGUGAGGAAGAUGAGUGUGUUCCCUCUCUGAGGGAGCUGGCUGCUUCCUGCAGCUGUGGCUGUUCUCCAUCAGACAUCCUGAGGAUGGAAAGGAUCAUCCUUGACAAACUCAACUGGGAUCUGCACAAUGCCACGCCGCUGGACUUCCUGCACGUAUUCCAUGCAAUGGUCUUGUCAUGUUCCUCUGGGCUUUUGGACUCCUUGAUGGGACUGAACCGGUCCCAACACCUUGCCCUGCUCACACGCCGACUCUACCACUGUUUAGCAGACCACACACUUAUUAAGCUGAGAGGAUCCAUGCUGGCCUUGGCUAUCCUCACUCUGGAGCUGGAGACCUGCUGUCCCGAUUGGCUGGCUGUCACCAUCGAGCUGCUAAAGAAGGCCCAGAUCGACACCUCUGAGUUGAUCCGAAGUCGAGAGCUUGUUGCUUGGAGUCUUUCGGCACCGAGUGCUGCCCUGCCGCCAAACACCGUCUACAUCUACCAACCCGGUCAGAACCAAACCACCCUGCAAGCUCCUACCCAGGACCCUCCUGGGAGCGUCACCUCCUCCACUGAGUCUUCCACACCAGGCCGGCCUCAGACCCCAGCUGGAGAGGAAGGGGUGUGCCAGCAGCCCCGCGGCUCUCCCACCUCCUCCAACGACGGCAGCCUCCCAGCUCUCCUCUCACCUCCCAAGUCCUCCUGUCAUCGUAACCACCUGCACAAGGUCACGCUGCGCUGCAAGGUGUCUACAAAGCGCAAGGUGGAGGAGAUGGAGGUGGAUGACUUCUAUGACGGCAUCAAACGCCUCUACAAUGAAGACAUCACCGCCGCUGUCCAGGAGGGGGCGUCACCUGCAAUGGGGGCGAUAAUACCAGCAGGUGAAGAAGGCCUCCUGAUGUCCUCCCCCUGCCCGCCGCUACAGCCAGUCGGUGCCCCCUAAACGCCGGUCCAAGUCGUGCUGGUCAGAACCAUCCCAUUGCUGUCGUUAGCGGCAACACCAUCAGAGGUUUGCGUUUACAUAAGAAGCAGUAGAUGCAGCUUCUCUAACAUCCUCAGUGGUUUAGAUGGUUUGGAUUAGCACAAAUUGUCUGUUCAGGUAGACCUGAGCUCCCAUCACCCCCUUCGGCCAGAAAACAGAGCCCCCAAAAAAAUACUAAAAAAAAAAAAAAUCUGCUGCUAUUAUGACAUUUGUUUGACAAAUACAAAAAAAGUAUAGAAAUAUAAAAGUAUCCCUUAAAAACGUAUUCACGUUUGUUCACUUUUAUUUGUUGUUAACCCCUUAAUUUAAUGUUCCCCUCAUCGCUGUUAACACAAACAGAGAAAAAAGUGACGUAUUUAGCAACAUGCACUUUUUCCUCAUAAGAUGCUUCAUAAGAUGGCCAUUUAAAAGUCUGUGUUGUCUAUCCUUUGCCAUUCCCUCUAUCAGCUUGUUGGAACCAAGGCUUCUCAGGGUGUUUUGGUGAUGCAUUUGAGUUUCAACUGGACAACUGAUUACAAAACUGAAAGUUUUGGCAGGUUUGUACCAACCUCACCUUUAACCAGAAGCUAUAAUACAACCGUAAAGUUAUGACUGCUGUAGAAAAGUCUUGUGUUCUGCCGGGACACACACACUGGGGGAAAUAAGCACCGUAUUUGAUCCCCUGCUCGACUUGAAAGACACGAACACUCCUUCCUGUUUAUGCUAGGUUUCAAAAUAAACAUAAAACCAAGCACGUAAACAUCCUAAACCUAAACUACUGUGGAACUUAAUUUCAUUGAAAAUCUGUGGUGAUAGUAGAAAUAAUGAGUUGCCAAGAAACAGCCUCAAAACUGGCCUUCAUCCUUGUGAAUUUUAUUGUUUAUUGUCACAAUAAACCCAACAUAUGGACUGUUGAUGUCUUUGUAAGUGUGUAGCAGGGAUCAAAUACUUAUAUGUGAUGGAAGAGGCAUACUGCCAGCCAGAGAGAUUGAAAUUCUACUUAAUAUAUUCUCAUGUCGUAAACCAUAAGGGCAUUUUAACAUGACGCAACAUAAAAGUGUGCGUGUCUGAGUUUAAUCCAUAGAUGUUUUUAUUACUGCAAAAAGCUCUGUUCUACUUCCUGGAGGGGCCCGUUGGAUGCAGCUCUUUGGUCCCUGAAUGCACCUUGUGGCACAAAUAGAGUAUGAAAACAAACAA